AUGAACUGUGGACAACAGGGACGCAACAAACUGAUGAUGACACGUAUUCCCAACUUCCGAGAAAUCAUUAUUGUUGCCUUUGAAUGCCCUCACUGCGGUUUCAAAUCGAACGAAGUGCAGAGUGGAGCGGAAAUUCAGGAGAAGGGAGUGCGCUAUCAGCUUACCGUUUCUUCCAAAGAAGAUUUAAAUCGCCAAAUCAUCAAGGGAGAUAACUGCACCAUCAGCAUUCCCGAGUUGCAGCUGGACAUUCCCCCAAUCACACAGCAGGGAGACCUCAACACAGUGGAGGGAAUUCUCUACCGCGUCUCCGAGCAGCUCCGCCAGGAACAGCCAUACCGCAAAGAAACCUGUCCGGAAGUGUACGAGCAAGUGGAAGCUUUCUGCCAGCGCAUCGACAAGCUUUCCACGGGCGAGGAGCUUCCCUUCACGUUCAUCGUGGACGAUCCUUCGGGGAAUUCGUUCGUGGAGAAUCCGUAUCUCCCGAAAAAAGACCCGAACUGCCGCGUGUUCCGCUACUAUCGAAGCCGUGAACAGCACAUCGCGUUGGGCAUGGCGUUGCCAGAGGACGAAUCGACGAUGAAAUGGGGCACGGAGGGAGAGUAUGAGGAAGAAUUGGACGAGAAGAAGGAAGGAGGAAAUCUGCAUAUCGAAUCGAAAUAUCAGCAUUUCGAUAGCUCUGCAGUGGACACCGAUAAAGAAAUGAUGGUGAUGCAGUGCCCUUGCCAUGCGUGCGGACGAAUGGGAGAAAGCCGCAUGUGCAUUACCGAUAUUCCCUACUUCAAAGAGGUCAUCAUCAUGUCGUUCCUCUGCGACUAUUGUGGAUUCCGGACCAACGAAAUUAAAGCAGGAGGCUCCAUUCCGGAACAAGGCCAGCGCCUCAUUCUCCGAUCCGAUAAAGAGCACGCUGUCGAGGAUCUCCGACGCGAUGUCUUGAAGAGCGACACCGCCGCUGUGUAUAUCCCUGAGUUGGAUUUGGAGCUGGAGGCCGGGUCGCUGGGCGGAAUGUACACCACCGUCGAAGGCUUGCUGACGCAGAUCAUCGACAGCAUGAGCGAGAACAGCCCGAUCUUCCUGGGAGACAGCGCGAUCGAAGAGAAGAAGAAGCAGUACGCGGAGUUCAUGGAGCAGCUGAAGGCGAUGCGCGAUGGAAAGCGCGAGUUCACGAUUGAUAUCGUGGAUCCGCUGGCGAACUCGUGGAUCUACAGCGACUGCGCGCCGAAUCCAGACCCCCGAUUGGAGAUCGUGGAUUAUCAGCGGACGUUUGAGGAGAACGAGAAGCUGGGAAUCAACGAUAUGGUGGUGGAUGACGAUGCGAUCGAUCGAAAGAUUGCGGAGGAGCGGAAGACGAAGAUCGAACUGGCUGCGGAGAAGGUGAUUGAGGAGGAAAAGGAGGCGAGAGAGAAGCGAGAAGAGGAGCAGAAAGAGCUGGACGCAGCGGUGGAGAAUGCGAUUGAGAAGGAAACGAGUGCAUAA